AUGGACGCGAAGAAAAGCAACAACGGCCUUCGCCGCCUUUCCUCUUACUCCGCCAUUGAUCCCCAAAAUCCAUUCGAUGCGGCCUCCAUUGCCCCCUCAUCCAAGAACCCCUUCGAUACGGCCUCCCUCGCCCCCUCAACCGCGGCCUCCACUUCCGCCUCCCUCCUCUCCCACGCCUCUUCCACUACAAUCACCCACACCUCUGGCCCCUUUACCCCCACAUCAUGUCUCCAAAUCCAAACAUCAGGUCACAGCAUGGUGUCCCUUCCCACCCCCCCAAAGACGCUUGAGACACCCAUCUUCACUGUUGGCGCGACUGGUCGCUGCGAAGUCCCAGUCUACAUCUCCAUCCGCCCCCUGCGCACAAAGGGGCACUGCGAUCUUGUUCGCGCCGACGAUGAGACGCGCACCCCCAUCGCGACGACGCGAUACCGACUAGGCCCGUCUGCAGAUCCGGUAGUGGAGAUCCUAGACGACGCGACGGGGCGGUCAGAGUUCACAAUGGAGACACGGUGGACGAGCCGGACUCUGGCAUUUGGGUUUGGGGGCCAAAGGUUUGAGUGGCGGUAUGGCGGGCGGAAGGAGCGGAAGAGGGUUGCGGAGGCAAGGGGAGAGGGAUGCGAUAACCUGCUUAUUCUCGAGCGAGUGGUGGGGGAUGAGCGAAGGCAGGUUGCGAGGCUUGUGAGGGGCGAAGAGACACGUACACCGGGGACGAAGAAGUCGAAUGCUGGGAACGGGGGAAGGUUGGAGUUGUCGCUUGAGGGGGAGUGGUCAUCUGGCGACGGGGUGGACAAAGGCGGUAGUGGCAUCUCCGAGGCGGUGGUUGUGGUGACGGUGUUGGUGAUGUUGAAGAAGGAGAUUGAUCGUAUGAGGGGUUGGCAGGCUGUUGUAAUUGCUGGCGUUCUUGGUCCUUGA